GCAGCUGCAGGCUCUCUGUCUGCUCCCUCCUGGCUCGGCAGCAGCCAGAGCGCGCAGGCGCGGCUUGCUGCUCUGCUAGCGUGUAGUAGCGGAGCGGGGCUCACUGUGGAGUGGGACUCACGCAGCGGUGCGCGACUCCUUGGAGAGAACGUGGUUGCAGCCGGAAAGGGACUCGGGUGUGUAUAGAAGACUUUGACCCGAGAAUCCUCAUUGAAGACCUUUCAGAAGCUACAAGAGAAAAAUGGGGAGGGUUUUCCUCACGGGAGAAAAAGCCAACUCAGUACUAAAACGCUACCCAAGAGCCAAUGGGAUUUUUGAAGAAAUAAGACAGGGCAACAUUGAGCGUGAGUGCAGAGAAGAAGUCUGCACAUAUGAAGAAGCCAGAGAGGCUUUUGAAAAUCAUGAAAAAACAAGGGAGUUUUGGAGCACCUACACAAAAGCAGAACAAGGAGAAACCAACAGAGGAAGUGACUGGUUUCAAUUUUAUCUUACUUUUCCAUUAAUAUUUGGCCUCUUCAUUAUUCUCCUUGUCAUCUUCUUAAUCUGGAGAUGCUUUCUAAGAAACAAAACUCGGAGACAGACAGUGACUGAAAACCAUAUUCCUUUUCCUCAACAUCUGAACAUCAUUACUCCACCUCCUCCACCAGAUGAAGUCUUUGACAGCAGUGGAUUGUCUCCAGGGUUUUUGGAAUAUGUUGUUGGGCGCUCAGAUUCAGUUUCCACUCGCCUUUCCAACUGUGAUCCCCCACCUACCUAUGAGGAAGCCACUGGCCAGGUGAACCUGAGAAGGAGUGAAACAGACCCUCAUUUAGACCCACCGCCAGAAUAUGAGGACAUAGUCAACUCCAGUUCAGCUAGUGCCAUUGCUAUGGUGCCUGUGGUCACCACCAUCAAAUGAAGCUGCAAAACAUUUUUUUUACUUUAAUCAUUUAUAAAAUACUAAUGGAAAAACUUUCUAGCACUUUACUACUACAUAAAUGUGCAUUGACUUAUUUUAUUAGCCUCUUAGAGCAUAUCCCUUCGCACUUACUGGUUUGAUUUAUCUUUACUUUUGUUUCUUAUUAUAAAAUCAUUAUCUGUAUUUGUUUUUGCAAGAGGAAAUAUGAAGGAAUGACAUGUCAGUGGCAGUCUUUAUGUGCUGUAAGGAAUGCAUAUGUAUGCAUAUAGCCACAUGUGUACCAUCCAAAUUGUGUACAACUAACUUCUACCACACCACCCAUAAAGACAGCAUUACUCACCAAAAUUGAAAAGGCAGGGAGCAUAGACAGUGUAUGUGAUAGACAGCAACAUGCAUGUUUUCUAAUUAAAGACAUCAGUUAACUUCCUAUUUCUUCUUUCAUGAAAGGAAAAAAUAUGCAUGGAUUCAUCCUCAAUUAUUGAAAUAUCUCACAGAGAGACACAGAGAGAGCAUGUAGCAUUUAGUAUAUGUACUUGAUUGUAGUAUAUUACAAGGGAAUCAUUUAUCAUUAGUGGCAUUUAGCUUAUUUCAUACUAGGGUAUUCCUUCUUGGCUGAUUACCAAACACCAUCCCAUUAAAAUUUUCUUAGCACCUUUGGAUGUUUCAUGCCACUCAUAUUAAUUUCUUGAUUGCAAGUAUUUCUAGGUAAUGAAAUAGUGUUUGUGUUAAUGACAAGGAGUAGGUACUCCCUACUCCAUUCCUCAUUGUGUGGUUGGCAGUAGUUUUUUACAGUCAUUUUUAUUCUCAUUGCUACUAUAGACUCUCCAUAUCCUCACGAAUUUAGCCAAAAUCAAUUUGUAUUAUUUCCUUAAUGUUUUGCACAGGUUAAAAUCCUAUUCUCCAAAUUAUUAGUACACAGUUUUUCAUUUAGUUAUAAGCUGUGACUUUUGUAUUAAUGUUCUGUUGAUGAAAGAAGAUUAUACAGUAUCUGCUAUAGUAGAUGUGUACUAAAUCUAGUUUAGUCCCACAUAGAUCUCAUCAUGUUGUUGUUUUAUAUUCUAUAUUUUUUAGCUGUAGUAGUUUUACUUCUUUUUUUUGGAAGAAAGGGAGUAGAUUAUGAAUGAAUUGCCAAAAUAUACUAUUUCAGAAAGUAUAAAAAAGGUCAAAUGAGAUGGUAUGUGUACAAAUAAAUUUUCAGUAUGAAGAACUGUUUAAUUGUAAGGUCUUAGUGCUAUUAUUGUGCUUCAGGGUAACAUUUCUCCCUGUUUCCCUAGAAUUCUAUCAGAGCUUUUACAUAAUGAGAAAUAGAAUAGCCUGCUCCAUAGUUAAUAUUUUCUGACGCUGAGUGUAUGGGCUAUAAUUUACCUUCACACAUAAUCUGGACUGUACAAAAGCUGUGCCAAUUUAAGUACAUUUGCCAGUGCUGUAUUAGAUGAAGAAAUGCUGGAAUUUACAUUAAAGUACAUGAAUUAGUUAAUAGGUCUGAUAGGUGAAAAGGUAUUUGUAUCUGGAUAAUGGUCUCAACAUAACAAUAUUGCUUUAAAUAUUUUUCCUUACUCUAUGAUAGUCGUAUGUUUCUAGUUAAAUCUGAAGUUUGAGAUGUUUGAUUCAGUGUACAAGAGAAGAUAUGUAUGGGUUGUUUAUAACUGAAAAUUAAGGCUGUGUGUGUGUGUGUGUGUGUGUGUGUGCAUGCAUGUGUGUGUGUGUGUGUGUGUGUGUGUGUGUGUGUGUGUGUGUGUGUGUGUGUUACACUAAUAUUAGGCUUUAGAUGAGAGCAGCAAUUUUCAAAUUGUGGCCCAUAAAUCCUAGUAGAUUCCGAACAGUCUUCCAGGGAAUCUGUGAAAUCAAAAUAUUUUCAUCCUAUCUGAAACCAUUAUUUGUCUCUUUAUUAUAGUUCUCUCAAAACAGAGUUAAACAAUGGAGAACAAUACAGUCUUCACAUGCAUCUUUUAAAAAAAACAAUAUAGCUAUUUUCAUAAAAAUGUAAUUUAUAUUUGCAUAUUUUUAAUUUUUAGCUGAAUUGGUGUUUUAAUUUUUCAAUUCCUUUCUAACAAGUUAAAUACUGAUAUAUAAAUCUCAAAAACAAAAGUUCUUUGGGGUCUUGAUUCCCCUAAGACUUUAAGGAGGGAUCCAGAAACAAAAAUUAUAAGAACUACGGGAUUAGACAAAAGAACACGACAUCCUCUCACUAAGUUAGAUUUUUGUUCUUGUAAAGUUACUUUAUAUUUUGUAGUCUCAAUAUUGGAUGUAACACUUUUUGAACUGAAGUAGAACAAUGAAUGAUGGUUCUUGAAACAAAAGCUAAAGAAAUUGAUCAGUAAUGACAACUGUUUAGAUUGUUGGUCAGAGAAAACACUAUGUCAUAGUAAUUAAUAGCUUCACUAACCAUAAAUUUCAUGGCAGCUUUUCUAUGAUAAGAAGAGUAUAAUCAAAAUACUAGUUUAUGAACUUUUAUUUUACACUUUUUUGUUGUGUUUGAGUAUAGUUUAGGUUUCAUACUUUUAAAAUUCCCCCCUUUACCCCUUUUGGUUUUAUAAACUGAGUUUCUUAACAUUUAUUAUAAUUAAGGGGCUUAUCUGGAAUAAUAUAUAUUUUUAUGCUUUGCAUUUCCUACUUGAUUGAUACUGCAUUUGCCUUUGAUCAUUUUUAAUGAAGAUUUAUUUUUGCAGAAUAUACUUAAUACCUUUCUAAGCAGUAAAUAAAUGGAAUUAAACAAUUUAUAUUUAAAUAAACAGAUCUGCUCUAGGUUCUUCCAAUGGACUGAUUUUCAACCCCCCACCUACAUUGCUUGAGUUUGGAAUCCUUGAACUGACACUUUUUGCUUUCCUGCUCUAAAUGUCACAAUAAAUUAUAUAUGUUUUAAAUAAAUAAGCUGAUUGCUUUUUUUCCUGUUGACUAAUAAAAAGAGAGAGCUGUUAUAUUUGUUGAAUUCUAAUGAUAACUUCUUCAAGAUUGAUAAUCUGAUCCAGUAACUACAGAGGUAGCUUUAACCAAGUUCUGUGUAAAUAGCAUGCAUUUUAUUACAAUUCUUCACAUUUUCAAAUGCUUGGUUUACAUUAAAUUAUGAUAUUUAACUUUUUAUGUUUAUACUAGAUAUAAUUUUCUUAUGUUUCUGUGUUUUUGGUAUGCUAAA